AUGAAAAGGAAAAGGAAGGUUAAUGUACAAAGAGAUGAUGGUUCAUGGACUUCAAAUGAGAAGGAACUAGGUGAGGAAGUGGCUAGCCAUUACCAACAACUCUUUGAUAGUCAAGGUACUGAAGGAGUUGAGGAUAUCUUGAGGGGAAUACCAAACACAAUUUCUGAUCAAAUGAAUGUAAAUCUAACUAGAACUGUCACUGAGGCUGAGAUUAACAAGAACCAGGCAGCUUUUGUUCCAGGGAGACAAAUAUUAGAUAAUGUCAUUGUGUCCCAUGAAUAUCUCCAUUAUCUGAAAAACAAAAGACAAGGUUCAAUAGGGUGUAUGGCUUUAAAACUUGACAUGGCAAAAGCCUAUGAUAAGGUUGAGUGGAAAUUCUUAGGUGCAAUCAUGCAGAAAAUGGGUUACUCAGAGAAAUGGAUAAACUGGAUAUGGCAAUGCUUAUCAACUGUCUCAUACUCUUUCAAGCUCAAUGGUGAUCAGAUAGACUUUGUCACUCCUAAGAGAGGUAUUAGUAUCAGUAGAAGAGGCCCAUCAGUAUCACAUUUGUUCUUUGCUGAUGAUAUUUUAGUUUUUUGCAAAGCAAGCCCAGAUCAAGCAGAGGAACUCAUGAACAUUCUAGCCACUUAUGAAAAAGGCUGUGGUCAGAUGGUAAACUAUGACAAAUCAUCCGUGUUCUUCAGCAAGAACACAUCAGAGGGGGAGAAAAUUGCUGUGUGCAGAAAGUUAGGAAAUGUCCAAAUGGUAAACCAAUGUAAAUAUCUUGGACUACCUAUGGUCAUUACAAGGACGAAGGAGCAGCUGUUUGGUUUUAUAAGGAAUAAUUGCCAACAAAGGAUGGCAAGCUGGAAACACAAAAUGCUCAGCAAUGCAGGGAAGGAAGUGCUACUGAAGGCCAUCACAAUGGCCUUGCCUACGUACGCUAUGUCCUGUUUCAAACUUCUAGGCAAACUCUGUAAAGAUAUUAGUGCUAUGAUGGCAAGGUACUGGUGGGGAGAAGACAAGGGAAAAAAGAAGAUGCACUGGUGUUCCUGGUCAAAACUGACGAAGGACAAAGGCAAAGGGGGAAUGGGAUUCAGGGACCUGCAAAAUUUUAAUAGAGCUCUCCUUGGCAAGCAACUCUGGAGACUGGUAACAUGUCCAAAUUUAUUGCUAAGUAAAUUUAUGAAGGUGAAGUACUUUCCAGACAGAUCAUUAUUCCAGUGUAAGGUGAGCCCAACUGCUUCUGGGUUUGGAAGAGUAUGGCCAGUGUUAGAGAUGAAGUGGGGAAAGGAAUUUGGCGAAAAUUGGGGAUGGUAG